UGUCAGAAACAGAGCUUAGCUGAAGUGAAACAGGGGGAGAGAGAAACAGGCUCAUUCAAUUUCUGCUUGACUGCCAUCCGGUUAACUGUCUGGUCCUGUAGGAUUUUCUUUGAUAUGUUUUUUUUUUUUUUUUUUCUAGCAGGUUUCUCAUCGGGACUACAAAAAUCACACCCCACCACAACUUUUUGGGAAGUUUGCCAAUCUCAUAGUGGACAUUUUCAUUUUUGGAUUGAAAGCUAUUGAUCAGAAUUUGUCCAGCUUCUUUUCAAUUGCUGCAGAUAAACAACUUUGCACUCGCACCAUUCUACUUCGGCCUGUGGUUGGAAGAUGCUAAUAGCUUAUGCAAAUUAGAUACAAAUCUAAGUGAGGACUCCCAUAUCUAGCUCUUAUUAUUAUUUUAUUUUGUAUUCUUUUAAACUUUGUGGGAGAGUUUAAAUCUAAAGUACAAUCUGGUGUAUGAGCAAACUGAGAGGUGGUCUCAGGUGAGGUGUGGGAGACAAAAAAAUAGGUGUUAUUGGAAGGGUCGGUGGGGCUCAAACAGAGCCAAGGUGGAGGACAACCUGCUGGAUUUCGCUGAAAUGGACGCAUAUGACCGUUAUGUGGAUGGGGACAGGGACAGCUACCAGAUUGACUACAGGCGUAUUGUGGGGGACAUGGAGCCAGCCAGGCCACGGAUGUCGUUACGAGACUCGGAACAUCACUUUCAUGGCUUGUUUACCCAUAAUACACUACAUGGACAUGGGCAUGAGACGGCUGCCCAGCGCUACAAUGCCACCCGGAUACAGGCAGGGUAUGAACCAGAGAGCAUGGCUGAUUACCUUAUCAGCGGGGGAACUGGGUAUGUGCCAGAGGAUGGACUCACUGCCCAGCAGCUCUUUGCCAUCGGUGAUGGUCUCACAUACAAUGAUUUCCUGAUACUGCCCGGCUUCAUUGACUUCACAUCUGAUGAGGUGGAUUUGACCUCUGCUCUGACCCGGAAGAUAACCCUGAAGACGCCACUCAUUUCCUCUCCCAUGGACACAGUCACAGAGUCCUCCAUGGCCAUCGCUAUGGCUCUCAUGGGUGGAAUUGGAAUCAUUCAUCACAACUGCACACCUGAGUUCCAGGCCAAUGAGGUCCGGAAAGUCAAGAAAUUUGAACAGGGCUUCAUUACGGACCCUGUAGUGAUGAGUCCACGGCACACUGUCGGUGAUGUGUUUGAAGCAAAGGUACGGCACGGUUUCUCCGGCAUCCCGGUUACUGAAACCGGCAAGAUGGGAAGCAAGCUGGUGGGCAUCGUUACAUCACGAGACAUCGACUUCCUGUCAGAGAAAGAUUACGACAGGCCACUGGAGGAGGCAAUGACAAAACGAGAAGAUUUGGUGGUUGCUCCAGCGGGUGUAACGUUAAAAGAGGCAAAUGACAUCUUACAGCGCAGUAAAAAAGGUAAACUUCCUAUAGUGAAUGACAGCGAUGAGCUCGUAGCUAUUAUAGCUCGUACCGAUUUAAAGAAGAACAGAGACUAUCCUCUAGCCUCCAAAGACUCUCGCAAACAACUCCUGUGCGGCGCUGCCAUUGGCACCCGAGAGGACGACAAGUACCGGCUAGACCUGCUCAUGCAGGCUGGAGUGGAUGUGAUAGUUCUGGACUCUUCUCAGGGGAACUCUGUGUUUCAAAUCAGUAUGAUCAACUACAUCAAACAAAAAUACCCAGAACUACAAGUGGUGGGAGGAAACGUGGUGACUGCUGCUCAAGCAAAGAAUCUUAUAGAUGCUGGGGUUGACGCUUUACGAGUGGGCAUGGGCUGUGGAUCCAUCUGUAUCACACAGGAAGUGAUGGCGUGUGGGAGACCGCAGGGCACGUCUGUAUAUAAGGUGGCUGAGUACGCCCGGCGCUUCGGGGUUCCAGUUGUUGCAGAUGGUGGUAUUCAGACGGUUGGGCACGUUGUCAAAGCCCUGGCGCUGGGAGCAUCCACAGUGAUGAUGGGGUCAUUGUUAGCGGCAACCACAGAAGCACCCGGGGAGUAUUUUUUCUCAGAUGGUGUACGACUGAAGAAGUAUCGUGGUAUGGGCUCUUUGGAUGCUAUGGAGAAAAACAACAGCAGUCAGAAACGGUACUUCAGUGAAGGUGAUAAAGUGAAGGUAGCUCAGGGAGUCUCUGGCUCAGUUCAGGAUAAAGGCUCUAUACACAAGUUUGUUCCAUACCUCAUUGCUGGAAUUCAACAUGGCUGUCAGGAUAUCGGUGCAAAGAGUCUGUCCAUUCUGCGAUCGAUGAUGUACUCCGGAGAGCUGAAGUUUGAGAAGAGGACAAUGUCUGCUCAGGUUGAGGGCGGAGUUCAUGGACUGCAUUCUUAUGAGAAGCGGUUAUAUUGAGCCCGGCAGCAGGGGGCACAUGCGAGCAGGACCCAAUGUCCCAUCACCAGCCGUUACCAAACACAGCAGCUAAACUCAUUUCUUUUAUCCUCACCCCUGUACUUUUUCCUGAUGACUCUUGACUCUAGAUGAACAAAGCUAAUAAAACUGUCUGCUUGUAAUAAAAGCCAGCAACAGUACUGAAUGUACUAUCGACUGUUUUGAUAUUUAUUUUCGGUUCUCACUGUAAGAAACUAGACUUGGCAAUAGAGAGAUUAUUUUCAAAAUCAUAUGAAUGUACUACACCAUCUGAAAUACAUGUGUGUAUCUGUGUGAGAGAGUGUGUAUUAGGGUUUCUGAUACAGUAUGUGGUAUAUAUGGUAUGUUUUGUCAAACUGUCAUGUUCAAAAUGUUCUAAUUAAAAUUGUCUGUAACUAGCAAUAAUGCUUGUCGUGGUAUAUGAGAAAAUCAUGUGCAUACCACAUUGCCAUUAGAGUGUUAUGAGUUAAAUGUAAUCUGAGAAAUCUUUUUGUUUUUUCCAGAAGGGCAAGUUUGCCGGCUGCUUGUGUCACAAUGCUUUUCAGACUAUCCAUUUAGUCACAUAGCAGUAGAACUAUGUUAUUUUAUGGAUCAGAUUAUCAGUAUCAGCCUUAAAAUCAGGGAUUGUGUACUGUUACUCGCCUUUCACUAGUCAAUAAUUUAGACAGACAUUGCUCAUUUUUUUAAGUUUAUUUUCAUAGUGUCACACAUUUGCAUCAUUUAGAUAUAUCAAACAUUUUACAGUAUAUAAAAGUAAGCAAUUGAGAUGUUACAAGGCCAGAAGUGAAGGACAGUAAAAAGCAUUUGCUGUGAAAGUGUGACACUUUCAAAUUUGGGCUCCAUUUUGUAGAUUGAAGACUGUUGUGUUGUCAUUCUGAAUAUAAUACAGUUUAAUAAAGAAUGUUUUAUAAACUGUGUUUAUUAUUGUGUUCCGAUAGUAUCAGUUUCAGUCUAUUAUACUUUGCUUAAAUAUUAUGUGUAUGGCUUAAUAUUUAUAUUAUUAAUGUUUAACAACAUUUUUAUAUUUUAAAUGGAUUA